ACUGUUCCAGACAGACGCAAUAUUCAAGGGCGGCGACCGUCACCUUGGAGCAGGCAAACGGCCCAACCUGGAGGCGGCCUGGGAGGACACCACCCCCCGGGGCUGGGGUGGGGACACCCACGUGCAGCCACCACGUUUUCCUUGCGGGUCGGUGGGGGAGGAGAGAGGGUUUGGGGUCAGCGGCCGUUCCCGGGACCGGUAUUCAGAACGCACAGAGAGAGGUGGUAGCGGAACCUUUCUCCUCCGCCUCGCUCUCGCUUCCCCCCCGGAACCGGUUGGCGUCGGACCCAGUGGUGGAGGCUUAUAAACAUGGAGACAGCCGGUGCCAGGCCUGGGCCGCCGUCCUCUGGUCUCGACACUCCGGGAUCCCCAGACGAUCGGCUUUUCCUGGUGAAAGGUGGAGUUUUCCUUGGUACUGUGGCUGCAGCAGGAAUGCUAGCCGGAUUUGUUACAACAUUAUCAUUGGCUAAAAAGAAGAGCCCUGAAUGGUUCAAUAAGGGAAGUAUGGCCACAGCUGCCUUACCAGAGAGCGGGUCUUCCCUUGCCUUGCGAGCCCUGGGUUGGGGCUCACUUUAUGCAUGGUGCGGGGUUGGUGUGAUCAGCUUCGCAGUCUGGAAAGCUUUAGGAGUUCACAGUAUGAAAGACUUUCGAAGGAAACUGCAAUCAAUAUUUCCAGCAAUUCCCAAGAACUCCGAAUCUUCUCUUGAGUGGGAGGAAACAUUGAAAUCCAAAUGAGAUGAGCAUGGUGGGGAAAGUCUAAAACUGUCAUGGCAAGGGUAGAUUUGGAGAUGCCACAGAAGCAAAGGGACUCCCCUGAUUUGUCAUCAGCAACAUGUGCCUUGGUGACUGAACCCACGGGAUGGAUGGCGUUCAGUGUCCACACAGGAGGCCCACAGUCUGUGUGCUUUACUUUAACAUUGAUGUGGCGUGUGUGUGUAUUAAGGUUGUCCCAAAAUUAGGAGGAUCCUUUCAAAGUAAUUAUAUGGAUAAGUUCUUGGUGGAGAAGAUCCCAAGGGAAAUACUUCUGUUAGUAACAGCUAAAACCAAGUUUUGUACCUGAAAAAAAAAUGUAAAAUAACAGACGAUGGAAAAUCUUUAUAGACAAACUCCUACCAGCACUGGUACCUCAGUGUGUCUAAUUAAAUGAGUUUCCACAGCCUUUCUUGUUGGUAUGUGAUUGUCAGGACAUGGAAGGCUCCCUCCUGUUAGGCCAACUCCACAGUGACAGGUGAACAGGGAAACCCUGUCUGUCAGGCCCCAGCAGGUGUGUCCUGUUGUCCUGAAUGCAGCCCUAGAUUUGCACCUGCUCGUCAGUUAGCUGAUGAGCUCACCUCAAGGCCCUGGAAAUUCUCAGACAUAGAGAAGCAGCAGCCAGUAACAGAUUAUGCUAACCUGAAAAGGUAGUCAUCUAAAAUAAUAAUGAUAUAACGGAUAUAACACGUUCUUUUUUGAGAAGUUGGUUCUGUGUCCCUAAACAUUGACUAAUAGUUUGUAGUUUUAUCUCAAUUGUUAAUGUAAAAAUAGGCCAGUUAUCACCUAUCUUAAAUAUUUUUAACCAGAAAGUUACCUAGGUAUUAAGUCUCAAUAUUAAGUAGUUAGUUCUGCCACCUCAUGGAUUCUUACACAUAGGCCCAGCCCUUUCCUGUCCUCCAUGAUAUCUUAGAGAAAACAGAGGAUAAUGCCUACAUGCAAUUAUUUUUACUGGAGAUGAACAUUUUUUAAAGAAAGUACUUUAAUAUGUCAGUAUAUCCCAAAAAAUACGGUUGGAUAUCAGUAGUGCAAUUUCUUCAUAAUUACUUAGGCUCUAAUUAGCAAUCCAGUUUAAUAAAGUACAUUUGAAAUUUUUCUGUUAUAAUGAAACCUUUUAGUUCUAAGGAAAAUUUUUAAAUGAAAUGUCAAGUGCAUAAUGUAACAUUUUUCUCUGGACCGCGUUACCCUGUUAAAGUUGCUGUGUUGUUAAUUAAUUAAACAGGUGUAAGCAGCAUCUGGGAUUCAUAUGUAACCUGUUAAAAAUCCAGGACUAAAAGGAAAGAACUGUGGAAUUUAUCAGGGCAUGUGGAGUAGCUAAAACUCUUCACCCAGCUUUCAUUUUUAACUAAAUCUCUGCUAAGAAAAGAUUUCUAGCCUCUGAAUGGGAGGAAGGAAGGAAAGGCAAGAGCCAAACUGAACAGGUUGUGUCCAUAUUACUGGCCUGAGUCUAGGAGCAUGGUGGGUAUGUUCCAUUCCCACAGGCCUGGGACAUGGGAGGCCUGAGGAAUGAAUGUUCGGACACAUACCUCUGUGGCAUGCCUCAUGUUUACAAACCCUUCUCAUAUAUGUCUGUCGUCCUUGAGGGAUGGCAAGGUGGCCCCAUAAGAAUGAUCGUGAAUCACCUGCAGAGGGAAGGUUGACAGGGACAGACUCCCUAGAAUACACCAGGCGUAGGCUGCAGUUGCAUUUUAAAAGCAGAAAUGAAGUAACACAGAUGAAAGUUUAAAGGAAAACAAGCAAUAUGACUGAAGUGAUAUUUUUCUACAGUCAAAACUCAGAAGAUUUAGUCAUUUGUUUAUUGCUUUUAUACCAGAGGCAUAUUGUUAAAUUGGUUAAUGGGAAGGAAAAAUGUUUAACAGAUAAUGUUAUUCUUUAUGUGAAGUACCAUCUGUGUAUUGAGUACUGAAUGUUCCUGGAUAUGGAAGAGAGGAAAUGUUACGGAA